GGGAUUCAACGAAUUGUCUCGCAGGCGUGCCGUUUCCUUUUCUAAGAAAAUAACAUCAAUGGGAAGCAAUACGUAAAACGGUCUUAAAAUGCGAUCAUCAUCAAGAGGCAGUUGCAAGCGCUUGCAGGUUGUAAAACAUUGGAAGAUCCAGUAACCAAUUAAAUGAUUAGGGAUGUCGCAAGAUACGACGCCGGAAACAAUCUUCACCAACAACUCAACUAUAGCAAUUCCGGACACCGGAAAACACUUUCAAGAGCUCGCAUUCGUGGCCCUGUUGAGCGUUGUUAUUGUGAUCACUGUUAUUGGAAAUACGUUAGUGAUACUUGCUGUACUUACCACAAGAAGAUUGAGAACCGUGACGAACUGCUUCGUUAUAUCGCUAGCAAUUGCGGAUUGGUUGGUCGGGGUGUUCGUAAUGCCACCCGCUAUUGCUAAUCACUUAAUGGGUACCUGGGAACUGGGAUGGGUGCUGUGUGAUAUAUGGGUUUCGUUAGAUAUACUUUUAUGCACAGCCUCUAUUUUGAGCUUAUGCGCCAUCAGUGUAGAUCGUUAUCUAGCAGUAACGCAACCUUUAAGCUAUUCUCGUAGAAGAAGAUCAAAGAGACUGGCCUCGUCGAUGAUUUUAGUCGUCUGGUUUAGUUCGGCUCUUAUAACAUGUCCGCCCAUGUUUGGAUGGUACGAACCUGGACGGCACGAGGACAAAAACUGCCGGUAUAAUAGAAACACUGGGUACGUGAUAUUUUCCGCGAUGGGUUCUUUUUUUAUUCCCAUGGUGGUGAUGGUCUACGUUUAUGCACGAAUAUCAUGCGUAGUAGCACAACGCCAUGACCAGUUAGCGCACAUGGACAAUAAGCAUAGGAAAUCGCAAAAAAUUUCUUCCAGCAUUAAGGACGAUUCUGAAAAUGAGAGGCGGUCUUCAGAUUGUGAAGAACAAACGUUAAAAUGCACAAGUAUGUCUUCGGAGCCAUUGAACAAUCACAAUGACCAACGUAAAAAUGGCAACCCAACUCGGUCGGUACGAUCGAACUUUUCAUACACGGGAGAUCCAGGGACGCCAUCGCGUGGUGUCAGCAUGUAUGUCCCGACAACUUUUUCCGCUAGUCGACCUCGACCGGAAUCUUUGCAUUUAGAUAUGUCAGUUCUAAACUACGAGCCAGCCUCACGCGUUUCAUCUUUUCGAAGAGAAACAAAGACUGCACAAACUUUAAGUAUUGUCGUGGGCGGAUUUGUGGCCUGUUGGCUGCCAUUCUUCGUGUACUACCUACUCACACCGUUUCUGCCAUCCAGCAUGAUCGAGAACAAUGUCGUAAUGGCAUACUUCACCUGGCUAGGCUGGAUCAAUUCGGCUAUCAAUCCAUUCAUAUACGCCUUUUACAGUCCCGAUUUUCGAAUAGCUUUUUGGCGUUUGACGUGUAAACAUUUCACAAAGUCUCAUAGAGCUGAUAUGUCUUUCCAACAUAAAUAACUCCUUUUAAAUAAGUACAAUUUUUGUAAAGUUUUCUAGUCAGUUCAAUGUGCUUAAAGUAGGUAGUUAAAAACAUUGUGUCUAGUUUUACGUAUUGAUAUAGCUAGGUCAUAGUUAGUUGUUACAUGCGACUUGUUCAAAGAUAUUCUCAAUCAGUAUUUAUACUUAUAAUAUGUUUCAUCCAUCACA